GCUGCUGGUGGUGGUGGUGGUGGUGAGGGGUGUGUGUGUGUGUGUGUUGGAGAAAGAACAGUCGAGACGUUACAGAGCAACGGAGAGGGGUAAGGUAGCAGAGUAACGAGCAGAGAAAUUCUCUCCAGCAGCUGGAAGGGAGGGAGAGGGAGGGAGGGAGGGAGAGUCGGGCUCGAUCCAAGCUCAGCUCCUCGUAUCGACAUGGAGUUUUCAGCCGCAGGGGAGCAUGUAUUUGCCGUGGAGAGCAUCGUGAAAAAGCGGAUCAGAAAGGGGAGAGUCGAAUACCUGGUGAAAUGGAGGGGUUGGUCUUCCAAAUACAACACGUGGGAACCCGAAAAGAACAUCUUGGAUCCCAGACUUCUCUUGGCCUUCCAGCACAGGGAGAGGCAGGAACAAUUAAUGGGCUACCGAAAGCGAGGACCCAAACCUAAACACUUAUUCGUUCAGUUGCCAGCAUUUGCUCGUCGCUCAAACAUCCCAUCAGAGCUACACGAUGCUUCUGCUGAAGAGGACCGGUCAAAGAAUGAGGGACAGCAGGCAACUAAGCACCACUACCAACUGAACAGUAAAAAGCUUCAUCAGUACAAACCCUGCAACACGGAGGAACAACGACAGCAUCAAGCAAGCAGCAAGCAGAAACAUUACUAUCAACUCAACAGCAAAAAACAUCACCAUUACCAGCCAGACAUCAUGUACCAGAGUCAUCAGGCUGACCCGCACAGGAGCCAUGUUGAGACCAAUCAUGAGCAGAGCCAAGAUCAAGCUGAUCAGGAACACAGUUUAACCAAUAGCGGAAAUCCAGCCACUGACAAGUCUGAGCUCAAAGGAAUGGACUCUAAUAACUCCACGCGUGGGCCUGAAACAGCCAAGGAAAGCGUGAAUAACAAUGGGAUGAAUGGCAGGAUGAAAAUAGUGAAGAACAAAAACAAGAAUGGUAGGAUUGUUAUAGUCAUGAGCAAAUAUAUGGAUAACGGGAUACCUGCGGCUAAAGACAAACACAGUAAGAGCAGCAAUGGAGGGAAUGAGGUAGCGGAGAGGAGGAAUGGCGAUCGGGAGCUAUGGAUAGUGAAAAAUGGACACGGUAAGGCUAUAAGGGCAGAAGAUAGUGUAGAGAAGGAAAAAAAUAACAUUACCAAUGGGUGGCAAGAGACAAAGAACCGAAAUUCUUCAACAGGGACAGAGACCAAAGAGGGUGGUUUCAAUAGAACUGUGGUGGUUAAAGAAGCGAUGGGAAAUAAGAAGGCGGCUGUUAGAGAAAGUAGCCAGACAGCAAAUGGGAAGGAAGAAAGGACUCUUAGAGAUCGAGGAGCCGUGGUUCACCAACAAUCUGAGCAGCCCAGUAUAAUCCAGUGGCCUUGUGAUGUGGACGUUUCCAGCAGGGAUGGCUUGUACUCCAGUUUUCCUCAGUCCAGGAAGCGUUACCUGUCGGAACCCAAUGUGGAUCGAGAGGCCAAGAAAGCGGCCACCUACCGAAGCAUCAGCGUCCCCGGGAGUGCAGUGCAGCUGGAGCAAGGCGAUUUGGCAGAGCUGCGGGCGGUCGAUGGUUAUCGGAAUGAGGGAAUCGAUUGCCUUUUAGACUCCAAUCCCGAGCAGCCGAUCGAUCUGAGCUGUGUGAAGCCCAAAGCAGUGCCCGAGAAGAUGGACACGACAGCACAUCAGCAACAGCAGCAACAACAGCAGCAGCAGCCGGAACAACAGCCAGAGACUGAGGAGAAAGAUGAAACAAAGAGUGAGUCGCCUCAAUGUGCAUGGACUGGGUUUAAGCCUUACCUGGGGAAUUUGAUAAUCACAGAUGUGACAGCAAACUGUCUGACGGUGACGUUUAAGGAAUACUUGACGGUGUGAAGGACUCAACGAGAAUAACAAAAUUAAAAGCUACAAACUCAUUACAGAGUGAAUGUACUUUGCAACCCAAAUCUCAGAUGUUUCCAACUGAACGCUAUGCAUAUAUAUAUAUAUGCAGAGUUAUCCAGUAAUAGAAACCUGCAUAUUUCAACAAGGAAAGCGGAAAUGGGAUCUGGGUACCGACUCGAUGGACCUUCUGCAGACAACAUUUCCAGAGAGAAGGAGGGGGGUGGGGGGAAAAGAUUCCCUUUCAUCUGGAAUUUUUUUUUAAAAAAAAUCUUUGUUUUUAUUAAAAGUAAUAAUCUAUCGUCAUGACAACUUAAAAUGACAUUAUAGAUGUUUGACACGUCGUUUUUUGUUUUCAUUUUUUUUAAAAAAAUCCUACGUCAAAUAUAAUUAAUAUUUGAGAUAAUAAUCGAUGUGCUAUUUAAAUGUGCAGAUUCUAUGUAUCCCCUGGUCUCCCAUACUCCCCCGAAGCUGCCGGGGCUUUGUGCUGCUAAUUAUAAAAUUGUAUUUUUUUGUGCUUGAUUGUAAAUAUGUUGGGGGGAAAAAAAAAACGCCUUUAAAACGCACCGUGUGUUCAUGAUUGCAGUAGAGUUUAAGAGUCAAUGAGAUAACGCCAGAAGUGGUCACACUCUGUUUUGUAUUUAAAGGACCCCAUUUCUGACCUGGCACUGCUGAACCAGUUGGAGAGAGAGAGAGAAAAAAAAAUACUCAAAAGAAAAUCUCUUUGAAGCGAAACAAAACCGAGUCCAAUUUUUAAUUUGUCCUACAGCUUGAGUUACUGUCAUUGUGAAGCUUUCCCUGACUCUGGUGCUAUAUUUUAUGAUGUGGCUGAGACUUUCGGACUAUCUUUGAAAUCUCGGUGCACAUUUCUAUUUGAAAGUAACAUUUCUAUUGAAAGCAAAAAAUCCACCAUCCCGAGUGUGUGUAGUAGCUGUGGUCAUCAUCAGCUCGUGUCAUUUCCCGGAAACCACACCGUUUGAUAUGUGUGUCGCAUUAAAACAAACUGUGCAGAUUAAAAAUAGUCCAAGAGGCAA